AAUGGGGUAAUUUUAAUGUUAAACUGGCAAUAAAACAGAGCUCAUUUGACAUUAGGUGACGUUAGGUUUUAUAUUUUAAAUUGCUUAUGCGUUGCGUCUAUGUUAACAAAUAAAAAACAUAAUUUCCGCAUUUGUUUCUAUUUGAAGUUACAGUUUUUUCCUGUGUACUAAGAAAUGGGUGAACAAGUAGAAGAUCAAGUAAAUGAACCUACUAUGAAUAAUUCAGAAGUUACGUUUGAUAACUUCACAAUUCUUAAGGAACUUAGCAAUAUAGCAAACUUGGUGAAGGACGAAGAUUUUCUCCAAACAGUGCCAAAAGCAAAGUUAAAACGAGUAAAAUGGGUACCAAUGUUCAACUAUUUAAAACAAGGAAUAUUUGAUGAAAUGAUUCAAGAGCUGAGUACCAUGUGGCAGUAUGAGAAUAUGACAAAGAAAUUACAAAUUUUAGAGCUACAAAAGGAGAAGUUUUCAGUAUUAAACCCAGAUAAAGAAGCAUGGAGACCAAAAAGUAAUAAUAUUGUCAAUCAAUUAAAGGCUGCGGAGAUGGUUAACUUAAAACAACAAAAAACAUGGCUUGAGUCUUUAGCCAAAGAAUAUGAGGCAAGAAUAAACAGGUUAAAAAGAGUGAUAACUGCCAAAAGAGGAUAUUUAAAAGCUAUGGAAAUGGAUAUUAGCAAAUAUCAAAAUAAAAGUGAUGAACUUGUUGACAAAUGCAGGGAAAAAGUUGAAAACCACAAGAAUCUUGUAGAUUUAAUAGUACCAGUAAGAAACAAUGUUGACGAUGGCAGCUGGUCUACAGAAGAAUUUAUGAAGGAUCUGUAAAUAAAUGAUAUCAACAAAUAUUGAGUAAAAUUUAUAUUUCAGAAAAUUGUACACACCUGAGAA